GUGCUUCCGCUCCGGUUCACCUGGGCGCCCGCAGGCCGGGCCGAGAUGGAUCCGCUCAGAGCCCAGCAGCUGGCCGCGGAGCUGGAGGUGGAGAUGAUGGCCGACAUGUACAACAGGAUGACCAAUGCCUGCCACCGGAAGUGCGUGCCUCCCCACUACAAAGAAGCCGAGCUGUCCAAGGGCGAGUCUGUGUGCCUGGACCGCUGUGUCUCCAAGUACCUGGACAUCCACGAGCGCAUGGGCAAGAAGCUGACGGAGCUGUCUGUGCAGGACGAGGAGCUGAUGAAGAGGGUCCAGCAGAGCUCCGGGCCCGUGUGAGGCCACAGCCAGGACACACCCGGGGGACAGACUGCCCCUUCCCACGCGUCUAAUAAAAGUGGCUUCCUGGGUGUCCCUCUGUGAAGACCAGCAGGCCUCGGCUCUCUGGAGAGUCUCCAGGGGCCCCGGGGGUGGCAGAGCUCGGGCCUGGGUGGAGAAGGGGUGUUUGUCACCCUGGACAAUGACUGUGAUUAUGCGUGUGUGUGUGUGUGUAUAUGUAUGUACACAUUUGUAUAUUAAAGCAAAGCCAUGUGCUUGGCAUUCCAGCCUUCCACCAGCAGGGGGCAUCCCGAAUGUCAUGGGCGAUAGGGCUGCAGGCUGGGGAGAGGCUGGGCUUACACCUGGCACAGUCUCGGACUGUGGGGCCCCAAACAUGUCACCUGCCAGGACGUUGGCUUUCUCAUCUGUGAAAUGGCAAUGACCGUAGGGCUGUUGACAUUAAAUGGGAUCACACCUG